UUUUAGAUAUAGUCUCUGUAAUCUGCGAUGUAUUCGCAUUUAUUUAUAUUUGCUUAUAUCGAUGUUUUUCAUUCAUUGUUUUGUUAAUUAAUUAUACAUGGAAGGAAAGCAGGAAAUCUUAAAAAUAAAAUCAAUAUGACAGAAAAAGUUGAUUCAAAUAAUUCAUUAUUUUGUGCUUAUUGUGGAAAAGAGUUUAAAUAUGAAAGUCAAAGGAAAAGGCACCAACAAAGUCACUCUCUCCCAUUUCAGUGUAAAGUUUGCAAGAAAAGAUUUAGUUUUAUAUCAGCAUUACGUCGCCAUGAGAAGCAACAUGAAAGAACUGGGAGUGUUCAAUGCACUGAGUGUAAAGGAAAAUUCCGUGAUGAGACAUUACUUAAAAGACACAUCAAAUAUGCACAUAAAGAAAAAUGUGUUUGCUCACAAUGUAGUACAAUAUUCAACAGUGAGUUAGCACUACGUACUCACAUGAAAACGCACAAGCCCGAGUCAGAACGCAAGUAUCGAUGUAGUGCAGAUGGGUGUAACAAAUCAUUCAACUUUGCACAUCACUUAAAAAAUCAUGAGUUCACCCACACAAAAGCGAAACAACACUAUUGUAAAAUAUGUGGCAAAGGAUUUAUACAACCUCAUCAUAUGAAAACCCAUAUGAAAUCCCAUGAACCCGAUGAAAACAAACUGUGCUGUAUUAUGCCUAAUUGUACCAAGAAAUUUUCUAAUGAAUAUGCAAGAAAACGGCAUCUAGCAACCCAUAAAAAUAAAAUGGACAGCGGGAUAUCUUCCGAUUCAAGCGCAGGCUGUGAUGUUACACAUGGACAGAACACUUCAGGUGUGCUACAUAAUAAAGUUGAAUUUGGACAGACUAGUGGGUGCACAACUAGUGAUAUUAACACUUCAUUAAAUUUGGAAAAAUCUCUAUUGAAAGAAACACCUAAUAAUAAUAAGUCAACUAAUAAUGACAAAUUAUCUAAUGCAAAUACAAUUGAUAAUUCUACUGUUAGAGACUGUAAAUCAGCGUUAGGUGGAUGUAUUAUGGGUGAUGGAACGGAUAUAAAUAAAAAUUGUUUGUGUGCUCAAAUAUCUUCUCCUGUCAACGAAUAUUACGAUUUAAUACCAGAAGAAAAUAAUCAUAAAUUAAAGGAGUUACAUAAAAACGAGAAUUUACAAGAAGUAAAUAAAAACAUUUAUGCUAGUGAUAUAAGCGUGAAAAGUACAAAUACUUGCGAAGGUUGCGAUUGUGGAGGUGUUUUUAAUACGAGUGAUACACAAGUUACAAACUGUGUAAAUAUUGAUAAAGACAGUGUAACAUCGGAAAAUGAAUGUGGGUUUGGUUUGUCUAAAACAAAGGAAAUAUUUGACAUGGAGACAAAUGAAAACAUGAAAUUAGAAAAAAAUGAAAAUAUUUUUGUAUCAUUCAACAGCUGUAAGAGUGUACUAGGAAAAUGUAUAGUUAGUGGUAAUGGUACUAUGGGAGAAGGAUGCUUAUGUGCGAGAAUGGCUUUAGAUGAUCAGUCGAUGAUUGCUAAGGAAAUUGAUGAAAUCACCCCACAACCAAAUAUUUAUUGAUAAGACUGUAACAUAUUUUAGUCAGUGGUCACAUAAAAUGAUAUUUAGAUUUUUGUUUUAUUGAAAAUACUAUUUAGAACAUAUCUAUUGUUGCGUAGUAUCAAUAAAAUCGUUGAGAUAUGUG